GCAACAAAUAUCACUGAACCGUAUUCGGAUGACAUCCAGUGACAGCUGUCAAAAAGCAGGCAAUCAUGGCGACUGGUCCGAGGCUUUCAGCGAAUCCCUUGGAGAUUUUAACCCCUGACCUCAGCAGGGAAGAGCCCUUCUUGAACAAGUAUUAUGGCUUCUUGGCGGCCGGAUCACUGUGUCUUAUUGGAUCUAUAAUCGGACACUACAGCACCAAACGCCCCAUCUUGAGCGGUGUACACAGGCAUGCAGCCUACGCAGUGAUCGGAGGAGCAUUAGGACAGUACUUUGGAAAUCUGCGCAACCAGCAAAACGCCGAAAGGGAUGCAGUAUUCCGUCAUUAUAUUCAAUUGCAUCCAGAGGAUUUCCCUGACUUUGAGCGCAAGAAGUAUUCAGAGAUCUUUGAGCCAUGGAUCCCAAUCCGUUAAGAUUCUGUUAAUUGAAUAAAGCUAGUGUGUUAUUAUGUUGUACAAAUAAAUAAUGUUAUUUAUCAA